AAAAGGCGUGAGUUACCAUGAAAUGCAGAUUCAGAAUGGCCUCAGAGAUUUUUGCCUUUCUUCGCUGUAAGCAAUGUGUCAGAGCUGCAGAUACCCCUGUAGCAAGACAUGCGGACUUCGAGCUGAGGGCUCUUACAGAGGAAGACGGAAAUGAGGAAGAACCUAGUUAUACGUGGAGGAGAAAUAUUCUGAUUGCUGCUCUGCUGUCCACGAUCACAUUUUUUGUAGCAUCGGCCUAUUCUAUGGUCGGCUCGUUCUUCCCAAUUGAGGCAGCUGAGAUGGGGAGCAAUUCUAUCACCACUGCAGUAAUAAUAGGAGUCUCUCCACUCUGUCUGGCUACCUUAUCUCCAGUCAUUGGAUACUUUCUCCCCAAGUUGGGCAUAAAGAUGAUUCUUGUAUCUGGACAGGUUCUGGUUGGAGGAGCUUUUUUUCUCAUGGCGUUCCUGGCUUACAUGCCUUCAUCCACAUCAUUUGUGGUGUAUGGUAUACUUCUGAGGGUAACAGAAGGAGUUGGCUGGGCAAUGUCUAACACGACCACCUUUGCUCUUAUACCAGUUCUCUUCCCAUCUCGUGUCGGAACACUCACAGGACUGAUAUUUGGAGCACUUGGACUGGGGUAUACUGCUGGCCCUCCACUUGGCAGCAUACUUGUUGUUGUAAGAUGCAGCCUAAUACAUACCAUGUUUUUGUCGCUCCUUUCUGAAUCUGUGACACUGUAGGCUGCUGGGUACAGUGCUCCAUUCUGGAUCGUCGGGGGAAUUCUUCUCUGCCUUGCUCCAGUAACAUUCCUGCUACUGAAAGAAACAAGUACUUCUUCCAAGGUCCUUCCAUUUCAGAUUGUCAUAAAGCUUCUUAGUCACCUUAGCUUCUCCAUGAUUCAAAUUGCAGAUAUAGUGGGAUAUGGUUCACUGACAUUCCAAGGUGCAGCACUUGGUGUGUAUCUGAUGAAUGAGAUUGGUUUGAACCUGUUGGAGAUAGGGAUAUAUUUUGCAGUAAUAGCUGUGAGCUACACACUGAUCACUGUUGUAGCUGGUUGGCUCUCUGACAAAUUUGGACCAAGAACACUCAUAAUAACUGGACUAUUCAUUUGUGGAGCUUCACUCAUGGUUUUGGGAUUGAAUCAGUUGCCUCCUAUACCUCCACAGUGGACAAUUCUCAUUGCUCUGGCUCUGGUAGGAUGUGGAGCAGCUCUUGCUGAUGUGCCAACAUAUUCAGACCUCCUGCAGCAAGCACAGACACUUUACGCAAAAGAAAAUCAAGAAUCUCUGAUUGCUGCAGUUUCUGGGAUUACAGCUUUUUCUCAGGCAUUUGGGUCAUUUUUGGGAGCCAUACUGGGUGGUUUUCUCACAUACUUCACAGAAUUCACCACUGCAUCUCUGAUAUUCGGUGAAGUAAUAACAAUGCACGCAUUCCUUGUACUUGGAGUAUCUCUGAUAGAUCACUUAUUCUUGAAGCUAAAAUCCUGAUAGUAAUAUAUUGUCAUCUUCAUUCAUUUUUUCAAGUUAAAGGGAGGCACAACUGAAGCACAAAGAUGCUGUAGAAUGUAACAAAGGCAUUACUUGCUCUUUUGACCACAAAGGUUCUUUAAUUGCCACAAAGCCAUUGUUACAAUGGCUCCUAUUACGUGACUGUCCACGUAUUAUAAACAGCUUGUUCACAAGAGAUUUGCGCAUGCGCAGCGAAGGCGUUCCCACCAGAAGCUUGCGCC